GCCUCCUCUCUCUCCCAGAGAACAAACUAGACACCCAGGUGGGGCCUCCAGGGGAGCGCGGCCACCAUGGCUCUGAAGUCCCUCGUCUUGUUCUCACUGCUGGUCCUGGUGCUGCUGGUGCUCGAGGGGGCCCAGCCUUCCUUGGCCCAGGAUUUCCAGCGGAAGCACAUGGACACCAGUAAUGGCCCCUUUGGCCGCACCUACUGCAACCAGAUGAUGAGGCGCCGGAAUCUUUUACGCAGGACCUUCAACACCUUUGUGCACGCGUCCCUUGCGGCUGUCCAGGCCGUCUGCCGUGAGCCAAACAUUCGCUGCAGAAAUGGGCAGAACAACUGCCACAGGAGCAGGAAUCAAAUGAGCAUCACAGACUGUAUUCUGACACGCAGGCGCCCCAGCCCUAACUACCGGACCAUCAACCGCAGGGCAUCCAUCAUCAUUGCCUGUGUGGGGAACCCGCCUGUGCCCGUCCACUUUGAUGGUUCUCGCUAGGUCUCCACUGAGGCCAGAUAGAGAUGCACCCCCACCCCCAUUCAUGCUGUGGCUCCUACUCUCCUGAGCUCUUCCCUCUUUACCCUGAAGGGAAUAACCCAAGUUGGGCUCCUGGCCAUCCCACACCAGCAUCCCUGCCUGAGGCUUGCACCAUGUGGUUUUGUGGUGAGAAAUGGCUUGUGUGGGGCCCCCUGUGAACCUCCUCACUACUUCUUUCAAUAAAACACUCUUGCAACCUGCAGC